AAUAAUCUGAAAUUAGGAGUAAAAUAAUGAUGAAUAUUCUGCAAGUUAAUUAUGAUAGAAAAGUAUACCAAAAGUUGAAAAGUGGUGAAGACCGUUUGAAUGUUCUCUGAAUGCUAUAAAAACAUUCCCAUUGCUUCACUUUUUUCACAAACAAGAACAAACAACAUGGGAUUCUCCAAAACCUCUUUGCCUCUUUUUUUGUUCUUCAUUUUAUUUUCUGUCUCAUAUGCAACUUCUCGUAUCAUAAAUCAUGCACGCUUUCCAUCAACAACAUUUUCACCAAAUCAACAAGCUGAAAAGCUUAUAAGAAGCUUCAACUUAUUCCCAAAGCAAUCAGUUAAUGUAAUUCAUGGUGAUCAUUCUCUUGAUCAUUUUCUACCCGGAAAGAUCGUCGAGAAGAAGUUCUCGUUUUUCGGUGAUUCUGGUGGUCCUUCUAUUGAGGAUCUUGGUCACCAUGCUGGAUACUAUUCGCUUCCUCGUUCCAACUCUUCAAGGUUGUUCUAUUUUUUCUUUGAAUCAAGAAAAAAUAAUAAGGAUGCCCCAGUUGUGAUAUGGUUGACUGGAGGUCCAGGUUGCAGUAGUGAACUAGCUUUGUUUUAUGAGAAUGGUCCUUUUAAAAUUGCCAAUGAUUUAUCUCUUGCAUGGAAUGACUUUGGUUGGGACCAGGCAUCAAAUAUUCUUUUUGUUGACCAACCCAUUGGGACAGGUUUUAGUUACACUUCUAAUGAAAAUGAUAUUCCACAUGAUGAAACUGGUGUUAGCAAUGACUUAUACGACUUCUUGCAGGAGUUUUUCAAGCAACAUUCUGAGUUCGUUAAGAAUGAGUUCUAUAUUACUGGAGAAUCAUAUGCUGGGCACUAUGUUCCUGCUCUUGCAUCUAGGGUUCACCAAGGAAACAAAGCCAACCAAGGAAUUAAAAUAAAUCUCAAGGGUUUUGCUAUUGGAAAUGGAUUGACCAACCCUGAAAUUCAGUACCCAGCAUACACACAGUUUGCAUUAGAUAACAAAUUGAUCACAAAGGAAGAACAAGCUGUUAUCAACAAGUUGAUCCCACAGUGUGUAGAAACCACAAAAUCUUGCGAAAGUAAAGGUGGAGAAAGUUGCUUAUCAGCCUUAAGCCAAUGUCAAGAGAUAUUCACUGAUAUCUUGUCCUAUGCUGACGACAAUAUUAAUUACUAUGACAUAAGAAAGAAAUGUGAAGGACCAUUGUGUUAUGACUUCUCGAAUGUGGAGAGACUUAUGAACCAGAAGACAGUUAAGGAUGCUUUAGGUGUUGGGGAUAUAGAGUUUGUUUCAUGCAGUCUAGAUGUGCAUAAUGCUAUGGCAAAAGAUUUUAUGCAAAACUUUGAAGUGGAUAUUCCUGCACUUCUUGAAGAUGGAAUCAAAGUUCUUAUAUAUGCUGGGGAAUUUGAUCUUAUUUGCAAUUGGCUAGGGAAUUCAAAUUGGGUUCAUGCAAUGGGGUGGUCAGGUCAAAAACAGUUCGCGGCAUCGAAAACAGUUCAAUUUGUUGUUGAUGGUAAACAAGCAGGAUUGUUGAAUAGUUAUGGACCUCUCUCUUUUCUAAAGGUGAAUGGGGCAGGACAUUUGGUCCCUAUGGAUCAACCAAAAGCUGCACUUCAGAUGUUGGCAAACUGGAUGCAUGGGAACCUUUAACGGGACAAGCAUUUAAAUUUUUCUUUCAAUUGUUUCAAUCAUAUCAAGAUGAAAAUCAAAACAUCCUCUAACAUAUGUGAUCCCAACAUUAUGUAAUUUACUUUUUGUAUGAUAUUUGGAGGGUGAAAAUAAUAUUCCUAUUCUCAAA